AGAGUGAAGGUUUGUUACUCCGCUCGAAAAAGGUGGGAGACCGUCAAAAUGACGAGGGCAGGAUCGAGUUGAGACGUGUCCCACAUCGUCUGAGACCGCCAGUCAGUGCGGAUAGGGUUGGGGUUUACAGACAGUCUAAACUACAGGUCCAGAAGAGUUCAGCGAGUUUAUAGCAUCGAAGUGUCCAGUCCAUUUUGAUUUUAUUCAGUGGGUUGGUGGGGACACCACAAGGGUCUAGGCAAUUUGGUCGACUCCGGACACCUUUUCCAAUGAGCGUAAACCAUUUUUAUCUCCUCGUCCUCUUGUCCGGAUUGGCAGCUUCAGGCUUGUUCCCGGUCAGUGGGCUGAGGGUGGAAACGUCGGGGGAGGUGGAGGCAGUGAACGGUACAGAUGUGUGGCUGAAAUGUACCUUCCAGAGCAGCUCGCCCAUCACCCCAGCAACGCUCACGGUCUCAUGGAGCUUCCGACCCAUUGGACCUGGCCGGGAGGAGUCAGUGUUCUAUUACCAUGAGAGGCCUUACCCUCCCCCGGACGGGCGUUUCCAUAAGCGGGCGAUAUGGGCAGGUGACAUCAUGGGGCGGGACGCCACCAUCGUGGUACGUAAGGUCAAGUUCACUUACAACGGGACGUUCAGCUGCCAGGUGAAGAACCCUCCGGACGUCCAUGGCAACGCAGGGGAGGUGAAACUGACCGUGGUCACCACAGCCUCCUUCUCUGAGAUGAUCAUGCUUGCUGUAGCCAUCGGGGGCGCCAUCGUGCUAAUGGUCAUCUUCCUCGUCAUCAUCAUGUCAAUAAGACGAUGUCGCGAGAAGAGACGGGAGGAAGAGGGGGCGGAGGAACUACCUCGCAGACAGAGAAAGGACCCUACCGUGUGCCACCCUGCACGGGCCAUCCACCUGUAUGUGGACGAUGACGUGCUAGAGGUUGACAGCUCGGACGGUAUGAUCUCGGAGGCCAGCACCAAGGACCCCAGUUCCUCUGAGGAAGACGACAGGAGCUCUGACUACGGCGGAGGCGAUGACUCUGACUGAGAUGGGGACAGUGAAUGUUGGCUUUAUUUUAGGCGUUACCUCUAUGUGCUUGUGGUAAAACUUAAUCCACAGUUGUUUUUUUAAACUAUUGAUCCUCCGUGGUGUAUUUUAAAAAUUGAGAGUGGGCUCCUGUGAUUGGAUAGAAUAUAUACAGUUUAUAUACACUACAGUUCAAAAGUUUGGGGUCACUUAGAAAUGUCCUUGUUUUUGAAUGAAAAACACGUUUUUUUGUUCAUUAAAAUAACAUCAAAUUGAUCAGAAAUACAAUGUAGACAUUGUUAAUGUUGUAAAUGACUAUUGUAGCUGGAAACUGUAGAUUUUUUAUGGAAUAUCUACAUAGGCAUACAGAGGCCCAUUAUCAGCAACCAUCACUCCUCCUUUAGCCCGAAUAGAAACAGUAUGCAUUUGCAUUUGUUUAAGCUGUUUUCUAGUGACAUUUGUUUGGAGACAUCCAUAACAGUGAGCUAAUGAGGCCCGAUUUCGCCUGGCAUAAAUAGAAAAUGUGCUCUCUUGUCAGGGAACUUUUGUUCAGAGGAGCUAGCCAACAGCACAGCUAACACUCACUUCAAACUGAAGCUGAAAAGACUGCAAACUAACUGCACUUCGUUUCGUUUGACCUUUUUUCAAUUUACAUUUCUUUGUAUAUAUCCAUAAAGAAAUGAUGCCAGCUGAUUCAUGAUUUCAACUGGCUGAGUGCCUGUCUUGUCUCGUCCUGACUCCCGACACGUUCAUUAUUAUGGAACAGCUGGAGAUCGAAUUUGAAUAUUGAAACAAUGUUGCAAAUGUCAGAGACAGACAGCAAGGUUUAUAGAAAUCUCUGCUAUUGAAAACUAAAUGUUAGUCUAAAAGACAUGUGAGAUAAUGUCCAGAUGCUUUUUAUAGUGGAGUCAGUGGAUGUUUUUUACUGAUGAGACAGUGGAUUGCGCAGUCGGAUGGAACAGAGUAAAUAUGAAUUUUAACGUCAUAGAUUUAGCCGGUGGUAACUUGUGGAAUAGACACCGGCUGGAAUGCGGGUUUAACCAAUCAGCAUUCCGGAUUAGACCCACCCGUUGUAUAAGUAAAUAUAAUGCAGGGGUUUACAGUGACUGAAGCCCCUGGGCCCAAGCCUAUGGAGGACCCAAGAGAAAAAAAACAUAGAUAUAGACAUUAUAUCAUAUAUAUUUUUUAUCCAACCGCAGGAGCCCACUCUCAAUGUUCAAAAUACACCAGAGAGCAUAAUUUAGCCACAGAGGAUCGAGAGUUUCAAAACAUAGCUGUGGAUUAAGUUUUAUCACAAGCACAUACAGAUAACUCCUAAACUAAAGCCAACAUAAAGUGUCUUAAAAGGCCUAGGUUCUGGACCUGAACCAUGCCAGGAAUAUGCAUCCCACACCAUAACAUAUACUUUGUGUCCCUCAUUACUCAAGUGUUUCCUUUAUAUUGUCAGUUACCGGUAUGCCUCCAGCCUCCAUGUGCGUCAAAUAUACAGCUUGUUGCGUUGUGGACAUAGAAAUACAAUCCAUAGAAGGGUUUUGGAACCUCUUACCCUGGCAAUUUGACUGUUAAAUUCAUUGGUACACUCGCGUCCUGAUUUGAUGGGAACUGCCAUCUAUGGAUUAUAUUAUAUAUGGAUUAUAUUAUAUUUCAAAAUGCAAUCGAAGGGGGAAAAAAUUACAGUUUGUAAAGCAAAUGCCUACUGCUGAAAAGAGAACACUAAACUGUCUAUAGAACCAAUGGAAACAAUUUUCUCAACAACUGCGAACAUCAGCACUGUUUUUCAAAGGAGCUAAUCUUGAGAUAGACUAUUGCCACGACGAACACGUCGGCCAGCAGCGGUGAGUAGCCUGUCUUUAUCUUUGGGUGAGUCAGUGUGCCACUGGAAAGUAGCCUACUGUAUAUAUAUAUAUAUAUAUAUAUAUAUAUAUAUAUAUAUAUAUAUACACACACACACUGAGUGUACAAAACAUUAGGAGCACUUGCUCUUUCCAUGACAGAAUGACCAGGUGAAUCCAGGUGACCUGUGAUUUCUUCAACCGCCCCUGCUGCUAAGCAUGGCAGCCGGGAUGACAUAACAGGAGAGGAGACUAUGAAUGGAAUGCCUUUAAAGUAUUUUAUCUCAAGCUGUGUUUGAAGAAGAGUUUGAAGAGUCUAAAACAAGAAUACAUCUGAGAAUCCUAUUGGAUGAAGAUGAUGAUGAAGUUUGAGAGGGGAAAUAGGAAGCACCAGGCAGCAUAGCAGACUAGUAUGUCCCAAAUGCAGGGCAUAAGGACAGGGAAAGGGACAGAACACUGCUACCUGAAGGAGUUGAGUGGAGCUGCGGAAAGAAAAAACUGGGAUCUCACAAUGCGCUGUACCAAAGAGAAUGUAUCACAUCAAGAAUGUUGGACUGAUUUGAAUAGUGUUACAUUUCUACGGAAAAUAACAAGUACCCAUAGAGCUAAGGCACCUGUCUCUGUUGUUGAAAAUAUCCAUACUGUACACAAGAAUGGUCCUUCUUCUGUGUUUUCUGCUCUGUCAAUGGAUCCUAGAGCUACAGUAACCACUGUAAGUCAAGCUAUUAGUGCUGCACUGCCUAAUGAGACAUAGAGAUCUCAAUGUCUACAGACUGACAACCUGACACUGCCUGAGAUAGCCUGAUGGUGAUUGUGUGUGUCUGUCAAUUGGUGGAUUAGGUAGAUGCCGUGGACAUUCAUUGAUCUGGCCAAUAAGGACCAAUCAGGUUGAUUCUUAUUAUUCACUAUAGGAAUGACCUGAACUGUACUGUACAGAUAUUUUCUUUUCACGUUGUCCUUUUCAGCACAGUUCCCGCAACUAUAGAUGCGCAAUCAGCCCCAGCCAGUACAGCUGGGCGGUUCGGUUCGGUUUGCCUUAGUAUUGUGAAAAGAGUAUUAGAGCAAGAAUAUAAGAUUUUUUUUUUUACCUACCAGCAUCUUAGGUAUCUACUGUACUGUAUUCACAGCCAGUGAAAUUGAGUGGCAAAUAGCCAUGGUCCAAUCGUCGACAGAAAGAAUCUUCAAAUGGUCUUAUAUUACAGUCUUAGAACUAAGAUGAAAUGUCAUCAAUGCUUGCCAGGGUGCGUGGGAGUUGAAAAGAGUCGCAUGCAGUCAGAUCUGAAAACCCUUAGAUUCCAAAAUUGUCCUUGAGACGUUUUUAUUUAUUACAUUUUACUGUACCACUCUUUAUAUAUAUAUAUAUUUUUUUUUUUUUUUGUUAAACUGAGAAAUAGUUUUUUUUAUGUCUCUGAAUUUUAAACAUGCAAAAAGUAUUUUAUCCUGUUGUUUAAAAAAAAAUCCACGUUAAUGUUACUGUUUGAUUUAUAAUAAAAAAUGACCUUUUACUGAA